AUGGGCAUGGAGUCAUUGUUACCAGCCACUACUGCAGUUCAAUCACCAGCUGGAUCAAAGAAGACCAGCUUAAAAUGUGAAGGCAUGGAGCCAUUGUUAUCAACAACUACUGCAGCUCAUUCACCAGUUGGAUCAAGAAAGACUAGAGAUGGAAGAUCUUCAGGAGCAGAAUAUCGUGAAGUGGGGAAAGCACAUUCGAUCACCCAGAUGCUCCCAAGUUGUUCCAAGCUGAAGAAGUGCCCAAGUGGCUUUUUCAAGUACAGCAUGGUCCACAAUUAUCUCCUCAAAAGUGUUUUGGAGAAUCGGUGGAUGGACCUGGCUCUCCUUGGUGACUCCUCGAUCAUCGAGUGACGCUUCCCUGGCAGAUCCAUCUGUGUUCCCCCUCUGCUCAAGGCCCUUUCAUACUCGUUUUGUAUCUUCUUUUCAUUCUCUUUUCCCCAAUGAUCUUCGGAAAGAGAUCGUUGGGGCCAACCGAUACAACGUGAAAGUUGUAUCGGUUGGCCAUCCUUUCUCCGAGCCCAUGAUGUUUUUUUUUUUUACAUCUCCCAUGUCAG